AUGAAGACAAACAAUAUGCUUGUUAUAUUCUUUCUUGCACCUAUACUCACGCGAGGAUCACAACCUACAUCAUGGUCACUACCACAUCGAGUUGAGAUCGGAGCACCUACAAUCCCCUCUCGCCGAAACUCGCGCCUCGAGGAGAAAGGACAAAACAAACAAAUUCCCUUUGCGUUCUGUCCGGAGUUCUUUGAGGAGGACCCAAAAUUAUGCUCCCAGUGUGGCGGCGACACCAAGGUUAAAGGCACUUGUAACGACCUACUUGUGUCUGGUGAUCAGACCGGUUGUCCGGGUGGAAGACCAUGUCGGGGCUACUUCUGUAAAUGCUCGGAUAUUGGAGGCCCAGAUAAUAAUCCCAAAGUCACCAUGACUUCGGUCAAAGAUGGGCAAACUGGAGUCGUUGUCUGGGAGCCAAUGACACUCGAAGAAUAUAAUGGCCUACGCGCAUCCACUACCAUAUCCAUGACAGAAACUGCAACUGCCACUGGUGCAGAGUCGGAGCUAGAAACAGUAGCUGCAGUCGUCUUUGCCGGUGGAAUUGCAUGGUAUUUAGCAUGCUCAAGGGAAGAUGAUCAGUCUUGUAAGAGUGAGGGUCAAAAGCCAGAUUGCGAGGAUUGUGGUGGGAACACCCCAUUGGGAUUGUGUGCUAGUGGUAAUCAACAGAAUUGCCCAUGCGAGGAACAAGAGUGUCCAAAGGACGACCCACCCAGUUGUCCGGCGCCAGAAUGCAGCGGAGAUGACACGAGCCUCCAAUGCAGCACCCGCGGUAAGCUUAAAGGGUGCCAAUGUUGCCCAGAGAAACUUCCAACCUGUGAAAAGGACGAUUGCAAAGGUAACAACGAUGACAAGUGCCAAGCGGAUAUGUACAAAGGCUGUUCAUGCGAACACAUCGAAUUUCCGGAAGUGGAGGCUCCCAUAGACGAACCGUUCCCCAGUACACCAGAUACACCAGCCUUCGAAGAAGCAGCCAGGGAAGCUCUGGAGACAAUCUGGGGAGGAAAAAGGGAAAACAUGCCAGGUUACGAGAAAAAGAACGACAUGCCAGAUCCAUUCUGCCUGUACGGGUAA